CGCAACAGAGUGAAACUCGAACGUCAGAGUUGUAUCAGGAGGAAUGGAGAAGUCCCUCUCAGUGGUCCCUGUUAACUAGGCCUUCAAAAGACAUUAACGAUUUGCGAUAAGCGCAUGCCAUGCCAUGCCAUAUUUGAUGGUUUCUCUAUCCACAACCUCAACCCAGAAUACCAAUUAUCAAGCCUCCUCAUUUUUUAAUCUCAAGCCAACCCAUUCCAUAUCACCUCCUCGUCGACACACGUUUCUCUAGUAUCUGGUAUAUAUAUUAAAAAAAAAAAAAAGCAAAAGGUUGUAUUAGUUAUGCUGCGGCCACUUCCCCCUUGAUAUUUUUUUGUUUUUCUACUUGUUUCUUCUGGGGCGGGGGUCAAUCCUUGAAGGUUAUAUCUUCAUCAUCCUUUAAUUGGACUCUAGAGAUGGAAGCUUUGUAGCUCUGGGAUAGCCAAUGAUGGACUUGGAAUCCGUGGUAUACCAAAAUCCGACUAAGAAAGAAUCAUGGAAGACGGUACUGACUCUGGCUUAUCAAAGCUUGGGAGUUGUCUAUGGAGAUUUGAGCACUUCCCCUCUUUACGUCUACAAAAGCACCUUCGAUGAGGAUAUUCAGCAUUCAGAAACCAAUGAAGAAAUAUACGGGGUUCUGUCUUUUGUAUUUUGGACGCUCACACUGAUUCCUCUGGUCAAGUAUGUCUUCAUUGUGCUUCGAGCAGAUGACAAUGGCGAAGGAGGCACUUUUGCUUUGUAUUCCUUGCUGUGCCGGCACGUCCGAGUUAGCUUACUGCCAAAUACCCAGCAAGCUGAUGAAGACUUAACGGAAUAUACUAAAGACGGGACUGUACUGGUCGAUAAGAAGAAUGUUGGGUGGGGCUUGAAAUCAGUGUUGGAAAAACAUAGGGUGCUUCAGAGAGUGUUACUUAUUCUGGCUUUGAUAGGGACUUGCAUGGUCAUUGGCGAUGGCGUGCUCACACCAGCGAUUUCUGUUUUUUCCGCCGUAUCAGGCCUUGAACUUUCCAUGUCUAAAGAGCAGCAUCGAUAUGUUGAGGUUCCAGUGGCUUGUAUAAUUCUGGUACUUUUGUUUGCCCUCCAACAUUAUGGGACCCACCGAUUGGGGUUUCUGUUUGCUCCUGUCGUGCUGACCUGGCUGUUAUGCAUUAGUGCCAUUGGUGUCUAUAAUAUCUUUCACUGGAACCCACAUGUUUAUGAAGCUCUCUGCCCAUAUUACAUGUUCAAGUUCCUGAGAAAGACCCAGAGGGGAGGCUGGAUGUCAUUAGGUGGGAUCCUUCUGUGUAUAACGGGUUCUGAAGCUAUGUUUGCUGAUCUAGGACACUUUUCACAGCUGUCAAUUAAGAUCGCUUUCACCUUUUUAGUGUAUCCUUCUUUAAUUUUGGCGUAUAUGGGACAAGCUGCGUAUCUUUCCAAGCACCAUAUCUUGGAGAGUGACUAUCGAAUCGGUUUCUACGUAUCUGUUCCUGAGAAGAUUAGAUGGCCUGUUCUUGCAAUAGCCAUACUUCAAGCUGUUGUUGGAAGCCAAGCAGUAAUCACAGGGACUUUCUCAAUAAUCAAGCAAUGUUCUGCUUUGGGCUGCUUCCCCAAAGUCAAAAUUAUUCACACGUCAUCUAAGAUACACGGCCAGAUUUACAUUCCAGAAAUCAACUGGACUUUGAUGCUUCUUUGCCUCGCCAUCACUAUUGGAUUUCGAGACACCAAACGCAUGGGAAAUGCAUCAGGCUUGGCUGUCAUAACUGUGAUGCUGGUGACUACUUGCCUGAUGUCUCUAGUUAUAAUCUUGUGCUGGCGCAAAAGCAUUUCGCUAGCCAUUUCCUUUAUGUUGAUAUUUGGUUCCAUUGAAGCACUGUACUUCUCUGCAUCCCUCAUCAAGUUCCUAGAAGGGGCAUGGGUCCCCAUUGCCCUCUCCUUCUCCUUCCUCGCUGUCAUGUGUGUAUGGCAUUACGGUACACUCAAGAAAUACGAGUUUGAUCUUCAAAACAAGGUCUCCAUCAAAUGGCUCCUCGGUCUAGGCCCUGCUCUCGGCAUUGUAAGAGUCAGAGGAAUUGGCCUCAUACACACACAGCUCGUAUCAGGAAUCCCAGCUAUAUUCUCUCAAUUCGUCACCAAUCUGCCAGCUUUCCAUCAGGUCGUCGUCUUCCUCUGCAUUAAAUCCGUGCCAGUGCCUCACGUCAGACCUGAGGAGAGGUUCUUGGUGGGGAGAGUUGGCCCAAAAGAGUAUCAGCUCUAUCGGUGCAUAGCACGGUAUGGUUACCGUGAUUUCCACAAGGAUGACACAGAGUUUGAGAACGAUCUUGUCUGCAGCAUAGCAGAAUUUAUCCGAUCAGACAGUUUUGAGAAUGUCUCAGCGCUGGACAACAUUGAAGUGGAUGCAAAAAUGACAGUUGUUGGGACGUCAGCUUCAAAACUCAAAGGCAUAAGAAUGUGUGAAGAAAACGGAGCUUGUUCUCAAAUGGAAGGCACUUCAGAGUUGAGGGAGGUCAGGUCUCCGGAAAGGGUUAAGAAGAGAGUGAGGUUUGUGGUGCCAGCAAGUCCACAGAUAAACUUGGACGCGAGCGAGGAGUUGCAGAAGUUAAAGGAAGCAAGGGAAGCAGGAAUGGCUUUCAUAAUGGGCCACUCGUACGUAAAAGCCAAAAGGGGAUCGAGCUGGAUAAAGAAAGCAGUGAUCAAUUAUGGGUUUGAUUUUCUGAGGAGGAACUCUAGAGGACCAAAUUAUGCUUUAAACAUACCUCAAGCAUCUACUCUAGAGGUUGGCAUGAUCUAUUAUGUCUAGUGUAGCAGUUAUCGUUUCCUAGUUAUCUGAGUUAUCACUGUAAUAUAAACGUGCAGAUAGAGUCAUAUAUGAACUUGGUUAAUUGAAAUGGAGCUUGAGGUGAUGGAGGGUAAACAGUGGUGUUAAUUGUCCCCACCCAGGGUAAGACACUAAGACAUUCCGAUACUGUAGAUUCUACACAAAGCAAUGUUACUAGCCUUGUUACAAAA